CCCCGUUAUAUUGAACAGCUUGAUAACAGAAAUGAUUUUGCUUAAACUAACUGGUAUGAGACUGGUAUGAGACUGGGAUUCGUUAAUGUGUCUUUCUGUUUAAAAUAAGAUCCGUCUUUUGAUUUACAGUCUAAAAAUCUUAGCCUCGAGGGGUUUCCGUUCAUCACUUCCGGGUCUGUUUGCAUGAUUCUUCGAGUUCACUGUAGGUGAGAGGCUGGUGUUCAUUUAUUGGCUUUAACAUGGUUCACAGCAAAGAGACUGAACCUGAGCACUGGGUUUACGGUUUUACCAGAACAGUUUCCGCAUCUCUCACCCACCUGAUGUGCAUCGUGUUCACUGUUUUCAUUACUGUUCUGUCCCGACCGGGCACAAGUUUGUUUUCCUGGCACCCAUUCUUAAUGACACUAGCAUUCUCCUUAUUCAUGACAGAAGCAAUACUCCUCUUCUCGCCUCGUGGCUCCCCCAUAAAAAGUUUGCCACACAAAACCAAAGGCCGUGUUCACUGGAUUCUGCAGUGCAUCUGUGUGUCUUGUGCAGUCCUGGGCCUUGCAGCCAUCUUUUACAACAAGCACUUGAAUGAUAAACCCCACUUCACCUCAUGGCAUGGUUUUCUGGGGCUGAUCACAGUGUGUGUGGUGGGACUUCAGUCUUUGGCAGCUGUGCCUCUCAUCUUCCACUCUCUGGCCAAAGGCUGGUCCCUGGCCAAACUCAAACGCUACCACGCAGCAUCUGGACUGGUCACGUACCUGCUGGGCAGUGCCAGCCUGCUGCUCGGUCUCUGCUCUGCCUGGUUCACUGCAUCUGUGAGCGGAUACACCUGGUACCUGUCAGCACUGUGCCCCGCCCUCACUGCCCUUGUUAUGAUGAACCAAGUCACCACUGCCUACAUGGCUAAGAAAAGGUUUCAGUCCUGAGAGAAGACACCAUUUCAACACUUAUACAAGAAAAUCACAAGAUGCAAGGCUUGCCAACGAGAUUUAACUAUUAAAGGCACAUGCAUUGGAUGCAUUUGCACAGUAGUAAUAUGAGAGAUGAGAUAAUUAAAAUGUUAUUUAAGUUAAAAAAUAUAUUUUUCUUUACAUAACAAUCAUACUGAAGAUCUCACUGAGGUCACUGAGUGAGGGUGUCCUGUAUUUAUUAUUUUAUUGCAGGAAUUUGGUGAUCACAUGAUCAUUCAUUAUUUCACACUUUCAGGUAUAUUGCACAUUUUUGUCUUUCUUCUGUGGAUUCUGAUUAUUCAAGCGAUGCUGAAGUACAUUAUGACCAAAACGUGAAAUGAAUGAUAAACCAUUCAGCCUCCACUCUACUUUGUGUUUUGGGGGAAUAUGCAGAUUUAGCAUGCAGAUUACAACAUGAGAAAUAUUUCACCUGCUAGACAUCAGCAUGUUUACAUGUUAUAUUCUUAGCUUUCAUCCAAGAGUUGUUGUUCAUAAAUCCAGCUGCAAUGUCCCUUGAAGCAGCAUGGCUGUAACCUCUAAGACAUUUCUUAGGCUUAAUUGGUAAAAUCUUGACUGAAUUAAGGCAAACAAAUUAAUAAAUCAUCAAAUUGCAAUGAAAUUCAAGGGUUAGAGCUGCAUUUGGUAAUAUAAUAUAAACCUGAUGAUUGCAUGAUGAUGUCACUUAUUUGAAGCCCCUGUAAAUAGGUUUUUAUGGGGUUAUGAAUCAGACUGAAAUGAAUAGUGAUGCCUCUUUGUGACCAAAGCAAACAAUAAUAUCAGAAUAAAGACUGAUUAUUUCAA